AUGGAGGAGCGCGGCAACGACGACGACUACGCGCCGCUGCGGCCGUGGCAGCGGACGAUCGUCGCGCCGUCGCGGCCGCCGCCCGAGGACAACUCCAUGCCCAGCGACAAGCUGGAGCUCGAGUGGGUUCAUGGGUAUCGCUGCCACGACGUCCGGGGCCACGUGCACUACGCCUGGGAGUCGCGCGACGUCAUGUUCCCCGCCGCACAGCUCGUGGUGCUCAUGAACCACCAGGACCGGACGCAGCGCUACUUCCGCGAGCACGUCGCCGACGUCGUCGGCAUGGCCGUGCACCCGACGGUAGACGUCGUCGCGACGGGCGAGGCGCGCGCGCUGCCGUCCGUGUUGGUGUGGUCGUCGACGACCUUGGAGUGCAAGUGCGCGCUCCACGGCUACCACCGGCGCGCGGUGCCGCUGCUGGCCUUCAGCCCGGGGGGCGGCGGCAAGUAUUUGGUGACCAUGGGCUGCGACGAGCUCCACAGCGCCGUCGUCUUCGACUGGGCGGCGGGCGCCGUCGCGUGCCGGACGCCGACCCAGGCGGAGAAGCCGCUCGCGCUCAUCUUCUCGCGCGAGGGGUCGGGCUUCGGCGGCGGCACGGGCUUCGCGUGCUGCGGCGUCAACUUUUUGAAGUUCUGGGCCUUCUCGGGCAAGGUGCUCCGCUGCGACGACGGCCGCCUCGGCGCCAAGGGCCGCGUGCAGCCCUUCCUGUGCCUGGGCUGGCAGGGCUCGUCGCUCGUCAUGGGCAACAUGGACGGGUCGCUCUACCGCUUCGUCGGCAAGCAGCUCGACAAGGCCGUCCAGGCCCACACGGGCGCCGUGAACUGCAUCCACACGACGAACGAGGGGCUCUGCACGGGCGGCAAGGACGGCCUCGUGAAGCUGUGGACGAUGCAGCUCGAGAUGAAGCUCGAGGUCGACCUCACGCUGCUGGGGUCGCUGGCGCCGUCGGCGCGGAGCGUCGAGUGGGACAACGAGCGCGGGCGCAUUUUGGUGGGCACGGUCGGCGCGGAGCUCUGGGAGGUCGACACGGCCGAGGGCAAGAACCUGCACCCGGAGGGGCCCGUGCUCUUCGGCCACUUCGGGGGCCACUACGGCGGCGAGCUCUGGGCGCUGGCCUGCCACCCGACGCUGCCCCAGUUCUGCUCCGCGGGCGACGACAAGAUGCUCCGCGUCUGGAGCCUCUUCGAGAAGCGCAUGGUCCGCUGCAACCAGCUCGAGAUGAUGUCGCGCGCGUGCGCGUACUCGCCCGACGGCAAGCAGGUCGCCGUGGGCUUCGGCGCGCCCGUGAAGCAGACGGCGAAGCAGUUCGACGGCAAGUUCGUCAUCAUGAACGCGGACGACUUCGCGAUCGUCCACGAGGCGCGCGACUCGCAGAAGUGGAUCACGGAGCUCAAGUACGCGCCGAGCGGCGAGCUCCUGGCCGUGGGCUCCUUCGACAACCGCAUCUACGUCUACACGACCCACAUGCGCGCCAAGUGCCUCAAGCACAACUCCUUCGUCACGCACCUCGACUGGUCCGCGGACAGCAAGUACGUCCAGAGCGACGCGCGCGACUACGAGCACCUCUACUACGGCGCGCUCGACGGCGCGCACGUGCGGCUGCCGUCCCAGCUCAAGGACGUGGAAUUCGCGGGCUGGUCCUGCAUCUACGGCUGGCCCACGCAGGGCGCCUGGGCCGCCUUCGGCGGCGACGCGGGCCGCGACCCCAAGUGCGACGUCACGACGGUGCACCGGUCCAACGACAGCGCGCUGCUCGCGUCCGGCGACGAGGGCGGCGCCGUGCGCCUCUUCCGCUACCCCUGCGCGCAAAAGUCCGUGAGCCUCCACUGCAGCCACCACCACGUCGCCCACGUCGCCCGCGUCGCGUUCACCGCCGUGUGGAACUCAAAUCUUCAACCCGACUUCAAUGUGCGCGUAUUCGAAUGUUUUGACACGAGCACUUUCGCCGUGCUUCGAGAACUCGACGAGAGCAAUCGAUUCGUCCGAAAAUCAGCCGAAUCGACAUCGAUUUGA